CGCGAGGAAGGAAGGAACCCCGCGGCGGGGGGUGAGCUUGGCAAAGGGUCGACUCGUUCGACGGUCGGUCUUGUUCGGUGACGCUCGGCUGGCCGGCGCCUACGUCGGCGUCGGCGCCAGCGUCGACGCCGGCGUUCUCCCCGAGCCCUGACGUAGCAAGAUGGCGGCGGCGUGUCGGAGGCGUCUCCGUCCGUACAGUGCUCGCCGUCGGCCAGUCCGCGUACGUCCGUAACAACGUUCCAUCGGCGUAUCAUCGGCGCAUCAGCGGCGCGUCGUCGGCGCAUCGUCGGCGCAUCGUCGGCGUAAUCUCGAUGUUGUUGUUCGCGGGUACCCAUCGUUCCCGCGUCGCACGGUGCCUUUCGUGUCUCUCGACGCCGGGGAGUAGCUGCCAGCAGCGUCACCAUCUUCGACGACGACGACGGCGGCGGCGACGACGACGCCGACGAAGAGUUUCCGAAGGCUCCGCCGACUCCUCGCAACACCACGGCAACCCAGAGAAGCCGUGAUAAUUACGAGGACCAAGACUCGCUGCUUUAACGCGCUACGACCAACGAAAAGCAAGAACACAGAGAGAGAGAGAGAGAGAGAGAGAGAGAGAGAGAGAGAGAGCGUGAGUGUGAGUGUGAGUGUGAGUGUGAGUGUGAGUGUGAGUGUGAGUGUGCGCGCGUGUGUGUGUGUGUGUGUGUGUGUGUGAGUGUGAGAGAGAGAGAGAGAGAAACGGUGUGACUCCUACGCUCGCCCACCACCAACGUUUCUCCUCGUUCUACAGAGCGCGUUUCUGCUUUCGUUCUUCCCCUACCUCUCCUCGUCCCUACCUCCCUACCUCUCCGUCCAAUUCACUUCCCCUAACCCAGCCCCUCAGCCCCCAUCCCCCUACGUCGCUAUCCUUUUCUUUCUCUCGCACGCGCACACACACGUAUCCACGGACGUACCGAGCGCCUACGAUCGGACGAACGAGCGGAUGCGCGCUUUCUCGCACGUAGGUGUUUCGCGGAAAUCCCGUACGUUCCCGUGAUAUAUCUGGUCUCAUCUAUCCUUUGGCUCCCUCGGUCUCUCUCCGUGUUCGUUUUCCCUAAGCAUUUUUUCAGGAAAGUGCGCGGGGCGGAAAUGCGCGUAAGCGUACGAGGCGCCUCGGAACGACGACGCGAGAGAGGACGGUGGGACAGCCGGCGGUGGUUCGAGCUAGCUUGACGAGCGCACGAGAUCACCACGGUGCCACGAGAGCCGGCGUGUACUAAGGCCGUCUUUUGCUACUAUGAUAGUAACGAGAAGCUUCUUACGGUGGGCGCUCCUCCCGAAGCGAGCGGCGCUCGGCCGAGUCUCUUCUUCUUCCCUCUCCUCCUCCUCCUCCUCCUCCUCCUCCUCCUCCUCCUCCUCUUGCUGCUGCUGCUGCUGCUCCUCCGCCUCCUCCUUCAGCUCGGAGGACGACGUUGGACGACGACCAAGAGGACGCGAUAAUCGACAAGAGGAAAACGUGCACCGACGGCGAGCGAGCACCACCGAUACUGCCGCUGCUAAGGCGAUGUUGCGUUUCUGCCCUCGGAAAUACGUGCAAGACGACGAGAGAAAUUACGAAGACGAGCGGCUGCCGGCGAGCGACGCCGACUAUCCGAGCGCCGGUCCCGGCAUUCUGGCCAUCGACCUUCCAUCGAGCACUACUAUUCGCGAUUAUCGUUCUCAUUACUACAACAAUUAUUGUCGCUGCUAUAGCCGUGAUCGAGCUUUCAUCGUUGACCGAGCGAAACGCACGCAGGAAUCGGCUACGCACUCGCUAACGGCCAAAGAGGAUUCGUCGGGAGCCAGGAAGAAGCACGAGGAUAAAAGCAAUUAUUUUCGAGUCGGUGCGCCGGCUUGCGCGUGACCAAGAGCCGGCCCUCGUUACUACUUUUACCAGCACGCUACGCGCCUAUCAGUCGAAGCGCGAUCAUUCCAACGACCGCCGUGUCUUUUCUCCUCCGUUCUCGUUACUACUUGUGCGCGCGCGACCUCAUCGAAUACCGAAGAAAAUUAGCGAUUUUUCUUCCUCAAUUUUCGCCACCCUUCCUUUCUUCUUUCUCUCUCUCUCUCUUUCUCUCUCUAUCUCUCUUUUCACGGCACAAGCCACGAACGCGAUAUCUUUGCGAGUGCUGCUGCUGCUGCUGCUGCUGCUGCUCCUCCUGCAAGUGCCGGCUUUUCUCAAUGGUACAGAUCGGUGCACCAAACUCUUGAAAAGCGUCGCGAGUGCUGCGAAGACACAGAAAGAGAGAGAAAUAAAGAGGGAGAAGGAGAGACAGACAGGGAUAGACAGAGACAGAGAGAGAAAGAGAGACUGAAAACGAUAGAAAUUCUAUCGCAAUUUCUUAAAACACGGACGCAUCGUCUUCUUAUUGUGUAAGAGUGUGUGUGAGAGAGAGAGAGAGAGAGAGAGAGAGAGAGAGAGAGUGUAUAGUAGAGAGAAACGAGAGGAGCGCCUUUGGGAGUAUCUUUCUUUCUCUUUCUAUUCGCGUUAUACUCUCCUCGAACCUCCUCACCCCUUUCGCCGGACUUCCUCUUAAUCCCUCUUCAUCGCCACAUGUCACCGAAUUUCGAGCCAUAGCGUAUAUAUGUUUAUCGUAUUUCCCUUCUUUAUCUAUGCCUGUAUAUGUAUGCCUAUGUAUAUAAGUGCACGUAUACCAAUAUAUUGUAUAUACAUAUAUACAUACAUAUAUCACACGAACUCGUUAUAAAAUAUAAGGACGUGCGCGCGUUUGACGUGAGAUUAAAAGGCGUACAAAGUGCGAAAGCAGUCCGUUAACGAGAGAAAGAAGGAAGAAAAGUAUACUGCUUCUUCGUUUUCUUCGUCCAAAAAAGAAGAGAAAGGGGGAAAGAGAAAGAGAGAGGAGGGGGGCGGGGGCGGGGAAAAUCGACGUUUCGUGCUCCGCUGGCGUCAUCGCUGCACGCUAAUCUGCCUUUUUUCCUACGUUAUCUUCGUACGUCGCAUCGAGUACGUCGCUGGACGAAUUUUUCAAUGCGACUCUCUCGAUAGUAAAAGCCAAGCCGUACAGUUCGAGGACCUUCGAUCAUGUCUCUUCUCAACGUCAGAGUGAAGAAGGCGCGGUUCGUCUGCGAGGAAGCGGAGGACUUCAAUUCGUACGUAACGCUGAAACUGCAGAAUGUAAAGUCGACGACAGUCACCGUAAAGGGGGCCAAUCCAAGCUGGGAGCAAGAUUUCUUAUUCGAAACAAACGAUAUGAACGCUGGCCUGCUAGUAGAAGUUUGGUGCAAGGGAUUUCUCUGGGAUCGUUUUCUCGGUUACUACUUCAUCCCACUUUCGGAAGUGUCCUACAUGAACGAGGUAACGUCAAAUAAGACUUUCGAGACAUCGGCGUUAAAGCAAGAGCAACGCGUAUCGUCAGAUAACAACAGCAAUACACAACCAUUCGGCGACACUCGGACGGAGGGCUCUGGACAGUGGGUCGGCUUGGAUUCCGAGCUCGAAAUGAGGGGUGCCGAAAUCAUUGGCACGAAAAAGCCGACCGGUCACUCUCUACUAAUAGACUGUCGAUUGGAGCUACCUUACGUGUCUGACCAAUCAGGAAAGAGCGAUCGGCGAACCGGAUGGAAAGCCCUGCUAACGAGCGAAACGGCAAUGCAGUUGCGAGCAGCUCGGCCCAUGUGUGGCUCAGACCCGGAGAACACGGAAGCAGCCGAUCUGCAGAGGAAACUGGAGAUGCUGAACAACAUGAUGGACCAGGAAGCACGGGCCGAACAGGCACGCCGACAGAUAUUAUACAAUAUAGGCCACUCCGGUUAUUCGGAGGAUUCCGACUACACGUCGGACCUGAAUUAUCCAGUUGGUGGACAAGGGGCGAACAGCUCGGCCUCGCAGUUCCGUAGCGCGGCGAAUCAAUUGGCUACUCCUCAGAGGUCUCUCGAAACCUCCAGGGAAAACAGUUACGAGAGGGACGAUCAUCAGAUUCCAACGACGGUUGGUGGACGAAUAGUCGGCAGCGUUUGUUACGGCGGUGGUUAUGCCAGUCAAAGUCAUAGUCCGAGAUACGACGAGCCGUAUCCCGAGGAAGGUCCGCCUCAGCGAUAUUCCCUACAGCAUUCUUCAGAAUGUUCCGAGCCACUCUUCUAUAAUAGUAGACCGAGACAUUACAAAGAAUACAGACGACGGAAGCAUACAUGGGAUUACGAGGACAGUCAAGAUGGUUGGUACAGCGAGGGCUACGAUUAUCACGGUACGCGGCUCGACGAUACGAGAAUUUACAGCGACACCGAGUACUACCCAAGUUCGACGACGACUACGUCGCGAAGAAGAGCUCACAGACGGCCGUCCUUGGAAAGACAGAUGACCCUCUACGACGAGCAUUCGUACUUCACCGAUGGCUAUAGCAGCGACGGUAGAACGAGCAAGAUGAACGCCACUUAUCCGGAAUGUCAAACGGACAUAAGGUAUAACGAGUAUUACGACGCUAUAACCGGAUUAGAUUAUCAAGACGAAAGGUAUGGUCAGGACGACGAGGACAGACAAUGGGACAGCGGAGGGAAAUGGUAUUCGGGGACGAGCACUUAUUACGAGAACAAACGAAAUAGGAAAACGCUUCCGCAAAGGCCCGCAUCGAGUAUCGGUAUUCAUCGACCCGAUUACAGGCCGACGGUCAUCAGGCAACGUAGUUACGAGUCGGAGGAAUUGGACUACAGCGGCCACGGUCGUCGUAGAAAAGCAAUUCAGCCGCAGCAACGUCCAAUCUCUCGCCAGGAAGGAACCGGCAAGAAGUUACCUCCGACACCGACCAAACCGAGCAACGUCGUCGUUAACCGUAAACUCGCCUCUCUACCUGCUACGCCGAGCAGGCAACUGCCAAAGACUAGAACGCCCUCCGAGGAGAGCUAUUACAAGUCUGACUACAACGAGGACUAUAAUUACGCUUAUCGCAGUCAGGAUAAUUUGCCGCAAGACAAUUCUUACCCCGCGAACCUGUACGCCACGCACCAGGAUUCUCUCGAUCAGGCGCCGCCGCACAUUUCUGGCAAGAAUCGUUAUACCGACGUUAGCCAGGACAAUCAAUAUGCUAGCACUUACGUGGGCCAGCUCGAUGAUACGUACGCGUAUCGGCAAGAUUCGCAGACGCAAGACGCCUACGAUCAAUCCUAUGUGCAAAACUCGUACAAGGACGAGUAUCGGCAAUCGUACGUGCAAGACAAGAAUGUAGAUAUUUAUCAGAAAACGUACGAGGACACGACGUAUCCUAAUGCGAGCCAAGCGAACGACCAAUACACCGUUCUAUCUAACGAUCAGUAUACGAAUAUCUCGAACGAUCGGUACGACAAGGGCCAGGACAUGAUAAUUGAGAACAAUUAUCAAGUUGAGAAUUAUGAUCGGAACAACGUAGAAUAUCAAGAGACCUAUAAUCAGGAGGAUAGUUAUCAAAAACAGUACGAUGGUUACGUACCCUCGACCGUCUACGAUCAGAAUAACGUGUCGAAUGCAUACAAUCAGUAUCAGCAAUACGAUUCCGAGUACAAUAUCAGUACGUCUACCGAUUAUCAAAAUACUUAUCAAGAUAAUACGUACAAUGAAGUGCCUGUUACGACUCAAGAUAAUUAUCAGGAUGCUUAUAUUAAGCAACAGCAAGGCGAUUAUACGAAUUACGAGGUCCCUUAUACGAAAGAGGAGACCGUACCGACGACGUAUCAAAACGAUUAUCAAAAUCGAUAUGAAAAUUAUCAGGAGGAGCAAUACGACGAAUCCGUAUAUCCGGACUCUUAUCAAGAAUCCUAUCAGGAAUCUUAUCAGGAUUCUUACGAGGAACGUUACAAGGAUGGACCAGUCGCUAUCACGGAAAGGAGACAAAGCGAAGUGCCGGAACUUUCCGUUACCACGCCGAAGGGCCAAACAAAAACGAACGGUUAUCAGUCUAGCGAGUCGGAAUACUUGUACAAUCAGGAAAACGAGCAAGUUUCGCAGAUAGGUGCGUCUAGGAGAAAGAAGCUCGGUAAGCGCGAGCCCAGUCCGCUUUUGCAACAAAACACGGACUCGCUGGAAUCGAGGGACGACGAAUUAAAGGAUUCCUUCGAAACGGCCGUGAGCUCCGUCGAGAGUAGUCAACCUAGGAAAGCUUACAGCGAGUACUCGACCGCGGGUGACUCUAGUCCUGCCGCGGCCACAUUGGUCGACUCGCCUCAGAGUACGACGCAGCCACUUACCAGUAUGGUAAAUCACGUAGCGAGUAUGGAUAAUCACGUUAGCAGUAGCAGCAUCAUCACGGUUACGGCGACGGUUCAUUCUACGUCUGCUGCGACAAAUGGCAAACGAUUGGCUCGAACGGAAUCGUAUCUGGAAGAAGCGAUCGAGGACGAGGAGUAUCCCGAAAUCAUUCCGACGGAGCCACAGAGAAAGGAUUCCCAAUUGUCCCAUCAGAGUCAGCUCAGUCAACAUUCGAGUCAAAAGCCCAAACUGACGAGAGGCGAUUCUUACGCCUCCGAUCAUUUCCCCGAUGAGUCGUACAGUAGAAGAGGAUCUUACGCUCAGGCUACCAGAAAGGAGUCCGUAUCUUCCGUCACGCAGGAGCCGCCUUUCAAGCCGCCUCUAACGAGAACCGAUUCGUAUCAGAAUAGAGGGACCGGUUAUGCCCAAAAUUUCAGCGCUCCUCAGCCAAUAACAAGAGCCGAGAGUUAUCAGAGAGGUUACUUCAAGGAUCAGGAGACGAUUGACGAGAGCGAGAUUACUCUGAGCAAUCAGGUCAACGGAGAGUACAAAAUGAGGGACGAAACUCUCGACAGGUACGAACGCGGAGAGGAAGGAAUGAUUCGUAGCUCACGAGAGGACUCGUUGGCAGAUGCGUACAAGACGUCUUCACCACCGUUGUCGCAUAUCGACAGUCCACGCGGGAGUAUAACGAAGCAAGCGUCAUUGGAGGAGAGCGUUCAAAUGGAUACGCCGCCGCGAAGUCCACCGGAACCACCGCCCGACGAGGAACUUUUAGAGAUGGUCGGUGCCGUGCCGGUCCCAACGCAACUUAAGGAACGGCCAGAGAUAAAGAUGACACCACGGCAACGUUGGCACUGGGCCUAUAACAAGAUCAUCAUGCAAUUGAACAUUUAUUACGGCAGCAUGAUCCCUGGGAACUACUUUCAAAGUGCCAUUUGCCGAAUAUCGCGCUAUAUCGAGCUUUCCAACGGAACGAGGCUCGAUGCCUUCCACGUUCCCUGCGCGAUGUGUUGUAGUAGUGUCUAAG